UAAAAGAAAUGCCGAAAAAACAAUACACGCGACUGGAGUAAGAUUAACACGAUAAAUAGUGUCAUUAAUUGCAAUUUUUAUACAAUUCUGUUGAGUGGAUGUGAUGAUGAUGCCCGGAAAAACUCCGGUACAAGAGAAUCCUUUGGGCCUGUCUUGGCAUGACAGCGCCUGGAUUCCCGUUCUUAAUCCAAGCAACAUCAUGGAUUACUUCUCAGAAAGAAGUAAUCCAUUUUACGACAGGACUUGUAACAAUGAGAUAGUCAAGAUGCAGCGUUUGAGCCCUGAUCAACUGAACAAUAUGACUGGCUUGGAGUAUAUUCUUUUGCAUGUGCAAGAGCCAAUCCUGUAUGUGAUUAGGAAACAACUCAGGCAUUCGCCAACUCAAGCUUCAGCGGUUGCCGAUUAUUAUAUUAUAGCUGGCGUUGUAUACCAAGCUCCAGAUUUAGGGUCCGUCGUGAGUUCUAGAUUGCUGUCCACAGUUCACCACCUACAAUCUGCCUUCGAUGAGGCCAGCAGCUGUUCUCGAUAUCACCCCAGUAAAGGCUAUUCUUGGGAUUUCAAAAAUGGUAAGGCUUUGGCUGCGAAGAAGGAAACGCCGGUGCGCGAGGAACCUAGCUCGUUGUUUCAACGCCAGAGAGUGGAUAUGUUACUUGCAGAGCUUACUCGUAAAUUUCCUUUACCAGUGCCAAAGCCAGUCCAUCAAGCAACAGAACCUUCCGUAGAAAUUAAGCAAGAAGUGAAAACUGAGAAAAAAGAUAUGAAACCACCACCAGAAAGGAAACCUAGACUUAAUUAAUAAUAAAGAUAGACUUAAAAUAUAUU